GUUAGUUUCCUACUGUUGAACAGAAAAGACAGAAGAGAGCAGAUGAGACGACUGCAGAGAGACGAUGUAGACAGGUGAACAGAUAGACAGCUAUCAAGAUCAUCAUGUCCAUCAGUGUGACUCUGAGGAAGGUCUCCAACCUGCCAGGACGAUAUGACAGAAAGGUGGAACUCUGCUUCAGAGGUUUCACCCAUAAAACCAGAGCCCUGAAGUGUGAGAACUUGGCCAUCUUCAACGAGCAUUUCCGUUGGCCUCACUAUGGUAGAGUGAUCAGAGAUGAAGUUUUGUCCGUCAGUGUUUACAACUGCAGUAAAGUCUUCACCAAUAGACUGCUCGGCAAGCUGGUCGUCAGUCUCCAGCAUGUUGUUACCGCAGGGAGGCUGUUGCUACGGGAACCGCUCACUGAUGCCAACUACAGCCUGACUGAUAUCUACAUCGAGUUGGACAUUCGGUAUCAUCCGGUUGAGGGAACAGCAGGAAGCUGGGAGGGACAAGAAUUCCUGAAAGUCGAAGACAAUGAUGAAUCAGCUCUGGUCAUCGAGAAUGAAGGAUUUGGUGACAUUGAAAGUCAGCUGAAUGACAAUCGCCCAAGUCAGCUGGAUAGAGAGGCUCGGCGUCUGGGGCGGAGCCUGGUCCGGACUGGGGAUGAAAAUGAUGAUGAUGAUGAUGAUGAUUUUGAUUAUGACAUGAUGGACUUGGAGGCUUCCGACAUCAUCUUCACUCCUCUGCUGAGUCGUUGCAGGCCGAAGUCCAGAAAUGUUGCUGCAGCGACACCCAGUGUCAAGAGCUUCCAGGUGAAUGUGAACAUCCUGGAGGCUCGGAGGCUGGUUGGAGUGAACAUCAGCCCUGCAGUUUUCAUCAGAGCGGGAGAUCAGAAAAAACACACAGCGACACAGAAAUCCACCAACUGCCCCUUCUACAAUGAGAACUUCCUGUUUGAGUUUCAGGAGGCUCAACAGACCUUCUUUGAUAAAGUCAUAGAGAUAAAGGUGUUCCACAGGCGGCUUCUGGCCUUCCUGAUGACCCACAUUGGAUCCUUUAAGAUUGACCUCGCCACCGUGUACAACCAGCCAGACCACCGCUUCUACCAGAAGUGGGCUCCUCUCACCGACCCGGCAGACACCAGGUCAGGGAACAAGGGUUACGUCAAGGCCAGCAUCAGUGUGCUGAUGAAGGGAGAUGCUCUGAGCAUGCCCAGUCUGGCACCGCCCUCCUCGUCUGGAGCCAGUGACGACAUAGAAAAGAACCUGCUGCUUCCUCGUGGCAUGGCUUCUGAGCGUCCGUGGGCUCGGUUCCGUGUCCGGAUCUACAGAGCCGAGGGUCUGCCCACCAUGGAGGCAGGGCUGAUGGCCAAGAUGUCCAAGGCCACUGACCGGACGGUCUUCAUUGAUCCCUACGUACAGGUGACAUUCGCUGGACAACAGGGGGAGACGUCGGUUGCCAGCGCCACCAGCUAUCCAGUUUGGAAUGAGGAGAUCUCCUUCAUUGAGCAGUUUCCUCCUCUGGCUCAGCGGAUCAGAAUCCAGGUGCUCGAUGACGCGAAGAUGGGAGACAUCGCCCUGGCAACGCACUACCUGGACCUGCAGCAGAUUUCUGACCCCACCAGGAAUGGGUUUAACCCCACCUUCGGUCCAUGUUGGGUGAACUUGUACGGUUCUCCUCAGAACUCCACCCUCGGAGACGUCCACCAGUCUUUGAACCAGGGUCUGGGUGAAGGAAUCUUCUACCGUGGUCGAAUCCUCCUCACUCUCAGCGUGGAGGUUUACUCCUCCCCUGCUGCCGUCACCCCAGAAACAAGCACCGCCGCCUUGGGAAAGGUGAAGGGAGCGCUGGGGAAGCUGGGACUGAGGAAGAAGAGGAGCAGCAAGAAGAAGAAUAAGGAAGCAUCUACGUCUGCCAGUGGAGCGGUUGACGAGUCAGGGGAGGCGGGAGUUGAGGUACCGGAGUCUGUUACCGUGGAGAUUGAGGAGAUCCACCCACUCCCUGAGGGUUUCCUGGGACAGAGUGAGGACUUUCUGUUGUUCGCGUCUCUGUUUGAAGUCACCAUGGUGGACCCGUCUGUAGGAUCCAGACCGGUGACCUUUGAACUCUCCAUAGGGAAUUAUGGGAAGGCAGUCGGGGUCGGGGGAUCCAAGAAGAGCCAGAGCAGGGAGGAGCUGAGGAGGAGCAGGGAUGACCUGAGGAGGAGCAGGGAGGAUCUACAUGAGGAGGUGCAGGGCCUGCUGGAGUCAGAAGAGGAGCUGGACAGAGAGGAGGUGCUGAGUCUCGAAUCUGAGAACAGAUCUGUGUCUGCUGCCAUGAGACUCCAGUCCACUGAGUAUGACAAGUCAUUCCAGUGUAUUCCUCUCCAGCCUCCCUCCGAGAAACAGAAGCCUUGUCUGUUUGUCUGGAGUCAGUUUGAAGAUCACAGCUUUCGUCUCUAUCAGGCCAACUGGCUCAACAAGACGGCCGAUAGGCUGGAGAUUGGUCUUGAUGAGGUGGAACGUCUCUUGAGGAGGCCAAGGAGUAACGCAAAGGAGCGUUUGGUGGAGGUGCUGCUGGAGCUGGUGGCCUCCUGCAAACAGUUUAGUGUUAUCGCAGACAGGAGGUCUCAUUGUCGUCCCAACAACCUGGACAGAUGCAGGAAGGAGUUUAUCAAGAAGAAUUUGGUGUUUCUGGCCAGACAGGCAGUGAGGGCCAGACGGAGGAUCACUAGGCGGACGGCCAAACAGCGGACGAUGGAUAGCAGGAAACUCUUAAGGAAACUCCGCCUGUUGGCUAAAGAGCCCCAGACUACCAUCCCGGACGCAUUUCUAUGGUUACUGAGUGGGAGGAAGCGAUUGGCUUACGUCAGGAUCCCCGCCUACUCUAUCCUCUUUUCAUUGGUGGAGGAGCAGAGGGGGCGGGACUGUGGCAAAGUCACCACCCUCUACAUGAAGUCUCCAGGAGGUUCAGCAAAUGAGAUUUUUGCAAAGCUGGAGGUCUACCUGUGGCUCGGUCUGGCCAAGUACAGUAAAGAUGUCACCACCGGCUUGCCGGAGGAGUUUAUGCCAGUCUACGAGGAGGAUGAGGAGGAGCAGAGGUGGAUGGUAACCGCGGGGAGGAGGAAGCUUCCUGUCAGUCUGUCCUGCCAGGACAGCAGGUACUUCCAGCUACGAUGUCAUCUGUACCAGGCGCGUGGCAUAUUGGCUGCUGAUGAUAACGGCCUAUCAGAUCCUUUCGCCAAGGUCCUCUUCUCUACACAGUGUCAGGUUACCAGGGUGUUGAAAGAAACUCUCUCUCCAGCCUGGUGUGAGUGUUUGUUGUUUGACAGAGUUCUGCUAGAAGGAUCGAGGGAGGAGCUCCUACAAGAUCCGCCGCUCAUCACCAUCAACCUCUACGACCAGGACUCCAUGGGCAGUAUAAAGUCUCUGGGUCGGACAUUUGCUGAGCCGGAGUUUAAAUCUGUGGAGCAGUACUACCAGAAGCCCCACCUCCGUUUCUAUGACAUCAGCAUGGGCAGGGCCGCCGCUGGCGAGCUGUUGGCCACCUUCGAGCUCAUCGAGCUGGACUACUCUGCGUUUGGAGAGCCCUCCGUCCCCAGCAGUGUGGACCCUCAGGAGCUGACCUACCUGGAGGAGCAGGAAUUCUACAUCAUCCCAGAAGGAGUCCGACCUGUUCUGAAGACCUUCAGGAUCGAGGUGCUGUUCUGGGGUCUGCGGGAGCUGAAGCGGGUGCAGCUGUUUGAGGUGGAGCGCCCCCUGGUGAAGGUGGAGUGUGCAGGACGACAGCUGGAGUCUGAAGAGAUCGAGAGCUACAAGAUUAACUCCAACUUCAAAGAGCUGGUCCGCUACAUUGACGUGGAGCUGCCGGAGCAGGCCUACCUCCACCCUCCUCUGACGUUGUUUGUGGUGGAGCAACGGGCAUUCGGUCGGCUCAUUCUGGUCGGGACCCACGUGGUCCAGAGCCUCAUGGACUACGGUCCACGCAAGCUCGGGGAGCAAGAGGAGGAAGACGACGAGCCAAAACCAAAAGUGAGGCAGAGUACGAAGAAGGUCGACGCUCUCAUGUCAAUGAAGCGUAUCGGACUCGCCGGCCUGUCAAUUAAAGAGUCAAGGAUUCCCUUCAACCCCAUGAAGCUGGUUAAUACCCUUCAGGCUCCUCUGAAGCUGUUGAAGAGGGGUGAGGAGCUAGAAGAAGAACCACCUGAGAAGGAGGAGUUGGAUUGGUGGUCCAAAUACUACGCUUCACUGGAGGAGAUAGAGAGAAAGGCUGCUGAAGAGAAGGAGGCUGAGGAGAUGGAGGAACAAGCAGAAACCGAUGGAGGGAAUCUGACCAUGGCGAACAUCGAAGAAGAGGAGGAGGAGGAAAUCUCGUCGGUGGAGAUUAAGCCUCCCAAACGCAAGAACAUUGCCACACUAGAGCUGUAUGUAGGUGAACUGGAGGCAGAGUUCAGUCAGUUUCAGGACUGGCUGCGGAUCUUCCCGCUGUAUAAAGGCAAAGCAAGCAUUGAGGAUGACGAUGAAGAUGAAGAGGAGAGGCUGAUGGGAAAAUACAAGGGCUCCUUCCUGGUUUAUCAGAUUGAUCCAGGAGAUGAAGAAGACACCACGUGUCAGAUCAUGAAUGGAAUCCCCAAAAACUCACCGAUCAAAGUCUUGAUCCGAGUCUACAUCGUCAAGGCCACCACUCUGGCUCCCACAGACCCGAACGGUAAAGCUGACCCGUAUCUGGUGGUCCGAGCUGGCCAGCAGAGUCUGGACACCGAAGAUCGAUACAUCCCCAAACAGCUCAACCCCACGUUCGGAGAGGUGUUUGAAUUCACAGUGUCUUUCCCGCUGGAGACAGAGUUGGUUGUUAGAGUGAUGGACCACGAUAUCAUAGGGUCCGAUGACGUCAUCGGUGAGACGCGGGUUGACCUGGAGAACCGGUUCUACAGCCGCCACAGAGCCUCCUGCGGUCUGGCUCUUUACUAUGACACUGAAGGUUACAAUAUAUGGCGCGAUGGGAAGAAGCCUUCGGCCAUUUUGGCUGAGCUCUGCAGAAAGAACGGCAUCAUGUCUCCAGAGUACAGAACAUCUGAGGUCAAAGUCCUCAACAAGAUCUUCAAGAUCCCACCUGACGCAGUUCCUGAAGCUUUGGUGAAGAAGAACCAGCGGUCUCCAGAGGAGGAAGCAGAGAUGGAGGAGCAUGCAGCCCUGAGUGUGCUGCGGCGCUGGGGGGAGAUGAACGAGUUCCUCCCUGGAGCCAUUGCUCUGGUCCCAGAGCAUGUGGAGAUCCGGUCCCUGUUGAACCCGGACAAACCUGGAUUACCACAGGGUUACCUUCAUAUGUGGGUGGACAUGUUUCCUUCUGAUGCCCCGGCUCCGCCCCCUGUCGACAUCAAGCCCCGCCUACCUGAACAGUACGAGCUGCGAGUGACCAUCUGGAACACCGAUGAUGUGUUUCUGGACGAUGUCAACCCGUUCACGGGAGACCCGUCCUCCGACAUCUACGUGAAAGGCUGGAUAAAGGGACUGGAAUCAGAAAAACAGGAGACUGACGUCCACUUUAACUCUCUGACUGGGGAAGGAAACUUCAACUGGAGAUUUGUGUUCCGCUUUGACUACCUUCCUACUGAGAAAGAGGUGGUGUUUAAGAAGAAGGAGUCCUUUUUCUCUCUGGAGGAGUCAGAGUUUCGGCAGCCGGCUGCUCUGACGAUGCAGGUCUGGGACUACGACCGCAUCCUUGCCAACGACUUCCUGGGCUCUAUAGAGUUACGUCUCCACGACAUGGUGCGACCGGCAAAGUCACCCAGUAAAUGCACGAUUGAUUUGGCGAAGGAUCGGGCCAGCCCUCGAUUCUCCAUCUUCCGCGCCAAGAAGAUGAAGGGCUGGUGGCCGCUGACCCGCCUGAAGACGGCCGAGGACUUCGAGAGGGAGGAGAAGGAGAGGGAGGAGGCCAAGAAGAAGGGGAAGAAGAAGAAGAAAAAGAAGAAGGACAAGAGGAGUAACAUGAAACAGGAGGAAAUCCAGUACACAGACAGCAGCGGCAACACUUUCCUGCUAAUGGGGAAGGUGGAGGCGGAGCUGCAGCUGGUGACAUUAGAGCAGGCGGAGGCCAACCCUGUGGGGCGGGCCCGCAAGGAGCCAGAGCCUCUGGAUAAACCAAAUCGUCCCUCAACCAGCUUCUCCUGGUUCGUCAACCCGUUCAAGACCUUCUUUUUCCUCAUCUGGAAGAAGUUCAAGAAGUACAUCAUCGCUCUGGUCGUCCUCGCCGUCCUCACGCUCUUCCUCGGCCUCAUCGUCUACACGCUGCCGGGGCAGAUCUCCACCCUCAUGAUCAAUGGAUGAAGAAACCUGUGGGGCGUCUUCAUCGCCUCGUCCUGGAUGUCACAGACUGUCUCAGGUUUCUGAUCCGGAACUGAUCCAGUUUACGACUGACUGAGGUCAUAUUCACUACUUAGUCUGAUCAGUAAAACUCAUGAUUUAUUUAUGUUUACACUGACUGCACUACAUUACCCAGCAUCCUCAUUUAUAUAAACACAUCCCGGGUCAUGGGAGCAAUAAUCAGAGAUUUUACUUUACCGUCAGAUUUAUCUGUCAUCAGAAGAAAUUCCUGGACACCUAUUACUGCAGAUUUAAGUCACAUAUUUACAUUAUGUAAAUUAAAUUAAUUCUGAAACUGUCAUGCAGCACUGGACAGAUGUGUAGAUUAGCACAAAUCUGACUAGAUAAAUCAGCACCUCUCCUAAACAUAAACAUAACUCUGUUGUAUAAAAGUCUAAUUUUGUUGAUUUAAUAUAGUUGUGGUUGCUAAUUUUAUAUUUUGAAGGUAAAUAAAAUAUAUACGCACUUUCA